AGUUAGUUUUCCUUUUGUGUCUUCCCUAAUAAGAACAAUGUAUUUAUGCAUAUUAUAUAUAGACCAAACGUGACUACGCAUUGCCAACAUUUAGCAUCUCACUGGCUCUCGUGAUCAACCACACUUACAUAGUCACAUUUACUAGUACGUGCACAAAGAGAUGGGAAGGAGCCCUUGUUGUUCUAAGGAAGGCUUGAACAAAGGAGCAUGGACAGCUUUGGAAGACAAAAUUCUCACAGAAUACAUUAACACUCAUGGAGAAGGAAAAUGGAGACACCUGCCCAAAAGAGCAGGUCUUAAGAGAUGUGGGAAGAGUUGUAGGCUAAGAUGGUUGAAUUAUCUAAGACCUGGCAUUAAAAGAGGCAACAUUACUAAUGAUGAAGAGGAGCUUAUAAUCAGGCUUCACAAUCUUCUUGGAAACAGGUGGUCCUUGAUUGCUGGACGGCUUCCAGGACGAACAGACAAUGAAAUCAAGAAUUAUUGGAACACCAAUAUCGGAAGGAAGCUUCAAAAUGGUGUUGCACGAAGCACUUUGAACACAGUUCAACAAGAUCGAAAUCUCAAAAACAAAGAGUGGCAUCACUAUCCCAAUUACUCACCAGAUCAUAAGGUUUCGUGUCUUGUUCAGACUAAGGCAACAAGGUGGACUAAGGACAUUACUCCACAAAAUGAAGGGAUCAAGAACAAUGUUAUUGGUGAUAACAAAAUUGUGUCUCCUUCUUCAGAGAAUAACAAGGAUCCAGUGUUGGAUUUCAUGGCAGACCUUGAGAUGGAUGGCAAUUUCUUCUCGGAGUUACUGAAGAUGGAUUUGCCAGAAUCAUCUUGUCAUAAUGAAAAUAAGAUAGUUGAAGACAAUGGUAACCCUAGCACAGUUGACAAGCGAUAUUUGUCUCCAAAAUCAUCCAGUGAUACCACCCAAUUCCCUUGGGGUGAUUCAUUGUAUGAUACAAAUUUUGAUUUUCUGCCAGUCACAACUUUCAUGGAGUCCGGAUUUGAUUGGCUCUGAAGUAAUGAAAAAGUAAGAAAGCUAGAGUUCAGCGUGACGUACAUGUUUGGAUUAAUUACUUUUUUAAUGUACUCUUAAUUAGAAAAUGUUUUUGGCUGAAAAGGUUUAUUUUUAUUGUAAAAUAGACUAAUGUUGCAUGCAUAUAAUAAUGUUUUUUAUCAUUACCAUUCAUUUGAUUGAUGAAACUC